AUGUCUGGUGUGGAGGAAGAAGAGUUUGUUGAGCCAGGGAAGGAGGUAGAAAUGGAGAUGGAUGAAGAAGAGGUGCAGCUUGUUGAAGAAGGUAUGAGAGCUGCUACCCUUGAGGAGAACGCUGUUCAGAAUUCUGAAGUUAAGGCAAUUACAGAGGACCAGGAGCCACCAAUGAGAAUUGUUAAGAAUUGGAAAAGGCCUGAAGAAAGGAUCCCUGCAGAAAGAGACCCAACAAAGUAUGUUGUCUCUCCUAUAACUGGUGAGCUGAUUCCGAUUAUUGAGAUGUCCGAACAUAUGAGGAUCUCUCUUAUUGAUCCCAAGUACAAGGAGCAGAAAGAGAGAAUGUUUGCAAAGAUUAAGGAGACAACCCUUGCUCAGGAUGAUGAAAUUUCUAGAAACAUUGUUGGGCUUGCUAGGACACGUCCUGAUAUUUUUGGUACCACAGAAGAAGAAGUUUCAAAUGCAGUCAAGGCUGAGAUUGAGAAGAAAAAAGAAGAGCCCAAACAAGUCAUAUGGGAUGGCCACACAGGUAGCAUUGGUCGCACUGCUAGCCAGGCAAUGUCCCAAAACAAUGCAGAAGAUCAGUAUGAUUUUGCAAAUGAUGCAAGGAACCUUCCUGGCCCUCAAGCUCCACUCCCUCCCAGGCCUGGUGUGCCAUCAGUUCGACCACUUCCUCCACCACCUGGUUUGGCACUAAAUAUUCCUCGUCCUCCUAAUAGUUUCCCUUAUCCAACCCCUGGUAAUCCUGGCGUUAUGCCUCCACCUCUUCCCAGGCCUCCUAUGGUUAACACGGUGCCUCAUGUGCAACCUCCACCUCCUAACAUCCCACCUAUGCCUGGGCAACAUCUUAUGGUAAAUCGUCCUGCAAUGCACCCGUCAAUGUCCAUGAAUGCUCCUAACAUUUCUUUACCACCACCACCUGGGUCUCAGUUUACACCUCUGGGUGCUCCUCGAGCCUUUGUUCCCCAUCCCAUGUCCCAGCCUGGGAUGACUAUUGUCCCACCACCUCCAAUGCCCCAUGGAAUGCCUCCACCACCUCCACCUGAGGAAGCUCCACCACUUCCAGAGGAACCAGAGCCUAAAAGGCAAAAGCUUGAUGAGUCUGUUCUCAUUCCUGAAGACCAGUUCCUGGCUAAGCAUUCAGGACCUGCCUGUAUCAGCAUUGCUGUGCCAAAUGUUGAUGAAGGAAAUCUCAAAGGGCAAGUAUUGGAGAUCACAGUGCAAUCCUUGUCUGAAACUGUUAGCGCGCAGUUGGGCACCGUAACCCGGCUUCCGGUUCAUCCCGCAUCGCCAGUUCUGCUUACCAAAAAUGGCCCACUUGGAGCUGUUGAUUCCGAGGCGCGGCUCAACGAAGCAGCCGCGCCGUCCUACCUAUUUAAAGUUUGA